AUGGCAAGCGAAGUCGACAAAGUCCUCGCCGCCCUCGAGGAGCUCCAGUCCACCCCGCUCUCCAUAAUCACGCUCUCCGAGCUCAUUCCGAAAGGAGGACAAAAUGCCGACGACCCGCGAACACGCUCUUCAGAUGCCUCUUCGUCCUCGCUAACCGAGGCCACGACCCCGGCUUCCCUCGAGGACGACCUCGAGCACUACCGCGAACUAUUCUCCAAGUUGCGCUUUAGUUAUGAGAACCUCGCUCUCGAAAAGGAGAACCUCCGCGCGAAGAAGGCCCUCAAGGAUAUGAAGAUAGAAAUGACAGAAAUGGUGGCGGAGCUGGAGCGAAAAGGAAAAGACCUCAGCAAAAAGUACGAAAUCGUCUCGGCGCAAACGAUCCAGCUAAGGGAGCUUCCGGGAAAGAUUGACGAGCUUGAAGCCAAGAUUGCCGAGCUGGGCGCCCUACGUACCCCUGGCCAAGACCCGAACCUGUCCUUGCCUCUCAGCCGGACCCUCGAACUGGUGGAAGAGCGAAAAGCAGAGAUGUCUCAGCUAGAUCGAGAGUUGGAGCAGCUACGCGCUCAGCUUCCACGAAAAAUAAGGAACUGGAGCGUCUCGAAGCCGAGAGGCCAAGAGGAGGAAAGAGAACGCUUUGGGGGCGUCGAGGAUGAUCUUGAGGAGAGGGCUAGGUGGUGGAGGGCGAGCGAGGCCAUUCUGAGGCAGGCGUUAGAUAUCCAGGAAAAGGAAUGA